AUGAGCCAUCUCCAAUGUCAGGCGAUGAAUUAUGAGUGGGGCAAAAUCGGCAAAGACUCUUAUAUUCACAAAUUAUUAACAUGCAGCGGAAAUACAGACCUUAAAGAUGAUUUGCCAUACGCCGAAUUAUGGAUCGGCGACCAUGACAAAGCUCCUUCAAAAUUAGAGAAUGGCAAUCGCCUUAAAGAUGAUCCAAAGUUUGGAGAGAUCAAGUAUUUGUUCAAGGUUCUCUCUGUAAACAAACCACUAUCUAUUCAAGUUCACCCAUCUAAGGAACAAGCCAUCGAAUUACACAAACUUGAUCCAAAGAACUAUCCUGAUAACAACGAUAAGCCUGAAAUGGCUGUAGCUAUUACACAAUUAAACCUUCUUUACGGUUUUCGUCCAUUUGAAGAGAUUAAGCAGAAUUUACAGCAAUUCUCCGAAUUUUCAAAGGCUGUUUCUGCAGACGUUGCCAACAAAUUUGUAGAAAACCCAACAUCAGAAAACCUUGAAAAUCUUGUUCUUUCAAUUCUUACCAAAUCCCGCGAAGAGAUAAGCCAGUUGGCUUCUGAGUUCAAUGCAAAGGUAAAUAACGGCACAUAUACCUUUGAAUCAAAAGUUUUGAAAGCAAUCAAUGAUAUUAACAAGCAUUUCCCAGGCGAUGUUGGUAUGUUCUUCCCACUUAUCCUUAAUGUUGUUGAAUGCGCACCAGGCAGCUCAUUAUACAUUCCUGCCGGCGUUUUGCACACUUAUCUCGAAGGAGACCUCUACGAAGCCAUGCUUUUAUCAGAUAACGUUGUUCGCGCAGGAAUGACACCAAAGUUCAUCGAUAUAAAGUCUAUCAAGAAGACUGUGAAUUUCGUUCCUCAAACACCUUUCAUUGUUCAGCCAAACGAAGAGAAAUGUGUCAAGUCAUAUAUUCCUCCACAUCCGGCUUUCUGCAUCAAAUACAUUACUGUUCCUGUUAAUGAAUCCGCUGAUAUCGAAAUCAAAUCUCCAGCUUGCGGAAUUGUUCAAGAAGGAAACGCAACAAUUGAUGGAAAGAUUGCAGGAAGAGGUGUUGUUGUCGCAAUUCCAGCAGGAAAGGUUCACAUCAAGAACGAAUCAAACGAACCAUUCAUUUGCAUUGCUUGCCAAUCUAACUAA